UGAGACUAGUCCCGGCAACGAUGAUGCAUCAACUCGCCCAUUCAGCAGAUGCUCCAUGAGCAGUGUUUCCAAAUACCUACGGUCGAGCACAUCUCCGUACAGCGACCAUGGCUGACGCUGGCACCCCAGCGGCCAGCGUUGCCAUCCGCGCCAACCAAAGCUUGAGCGCCUUUCAGCAAUGUCUCGUCGCGGCAUCAGCUGUCCACCCAAGGGAACUCUCCAUGGUAGAAGAUCAACUUGCUAGAUUCUCUACGUGGGCUUCCAGCAUUGGUGUCUUCGCACCGGGACGAGCCUCCAUGGACCAUCGCUUGCGCCACACCUUAGACGUGCAAGGCGUGGUGAUGGAUUUGUUGGAGUCACUCACAUAUCGCAUUGAAGCAUGCACGAGUAUUCUUCAGUCGAUAUCUGACGACUCUGAGAUCCCGCAAACACAACAACUGGUCGACUCUUUUGGCAAUAUCGCCAACGAGAUUAGCCACCUCAACAAAAUCUCCAAUACCAUCCGCAAAGCAAGCAAAGAAACACAGCAUCUACGAGCCAGCAAUUUUCAAAUCCAGGACAAUGAAGGCAACGAGAUUGAGUCGCUCCUUCUCUCGCACUUUAAACACUACAUCAACGACUUAUUCCCCUCAUGCAGCGAGACUCUCAAAGGCAGACUUUCCAAUACCAUGCUUCUACGGAGAAAGCGAAUCUUAUAUCGCCGGCAUCGACAAGGAACCACCUCUAUCCGGCUACAGGAGAUGAUGGUGCAAGCUGUUGUUGCCUUACCAUCUGCUCAAACGGAAGAUACUCCAACCUUACGCAAGCAUAGCCACCAUGGCGGUGCUACCCCAUCCCAAGUCAUGACGGCAACUACACUAGCUUCUAAACAGUUCAAAAUGGUCUCGUCCACUCCAUCGGUCAUUUCGGCAAGUAAGACGGUAGCACUUGUCAAUCACCAGGCCCUUACAUUCCCGACUGCUCCUGGCUACAUUUUGAAGCAAAAGUUUGAAGCAUUGCGAGAAAAAAGCUUGCAAGAAUUUCACACAUCGAUUGUGGGUGGCCUAAGAAGACCAUUGGCGGAGGCCCAAUUGAAUAUGGAAUUAGAGAUCAUAUUGCAAAAUAUAGGCGAGAUAGCAUGUCCUUACUGUCUUUAUGCGAUACCAGCUCAAGAGGCGUUUGAUGAGCGAAAAUGGCAGCAGCAUGUCAAGAAUGACCUCGAUCCAUAUAUUUGCCUGUUUGAACAUUGCAACAGCGAAAACGUACUGUAUAGUCACAGCCAGGAAUGGCUUAACCACCUGCGCGACCAUGCCAAGAUCUGGCAUUGCUUUUCGCAUCCUACGCUCGACCCAUUCACUAGUCGCGAUGAUUAUAUCGAACACAUUCGGAACGUGCACGGAAGCACCUUGAACGAUUCGCAACUGCGCGCUUUGGCCAAUAAGAAUAGUCGAAAGAGAGUUGACUUGUUUCCAUCGUGUCCUCUCUGCGGCGCGACCGCGACGGAUGUUACGGGACGCAUGGAGGACCACAUUACUGGACAUUUGCGAUCAAUUGCUCUCAAAUCACUCCCGGCUUAUGAAGAGGACGUUCCAGAUGACUUUCAAAGUACAGAAAAUAGCGAACAGAUCUCGGAUAUGUCGAGCAGAAGCACAAUCAGACAUGGAAGCUUCAGCGGAGGUGACAAUGACGACGAAGACGCUAUGGAUAUGGGUAGUCCAGUCACAUACGGUAACCACGGAGAAUCGACAACGGAAACGUCUCAAAGUCUAUCUGGUCUUGAGACUAUACAUCAAUAUCUAGAGGGGCACGGAGGGGUAUUCGAGCAGCAAUCAAAUUAUAAGGAGGACGAGAUGUCGAUUACGUCUGAUGAUGUAGUUACCACAAUGGUAUCGGAAAAGCCCGAGAAGCAACUCGAAGAGCAAACAGAGAAGCUAUGGACCAGGUCACGCAACGCAUGUCUGGCUUGCCGCAUACGUAAACAGAAAUGCGACGGAUUGCGUCCAUGCUCACCGUGUGUUCGUUUAGGUUUGGGCUGUAACGGUGCUAGCAAGCCGCCAGUUGCGUCUGAAGACAUAGAUACCGAAGUCAUCCCUGGCAAGCCCGAGGAGAAAUUUGAGGAGCAAUCGGAUUCCAAGGGGAAUGCUGACCAAAUAGAUCCGGAGACGGCAUUGAAUUAUGGCAUAAGCCCACCAGAGCCCAGGCUAAGAAAGAAUUCAACGACCAGAUCACGCACCGCAUGUCUAGCUUGCCGUACCCGUCGACUAAGAUGCGACGAAAUCCAUCCUACAUGUGGACAGUGUGCCGCUGCAAAACUGGACUGUUAUUACUCAAUACUACAUUCCGACGCUGACAAGGCGCCGAGUACGUCUGAAGAACCACAUAUUACAAUUAUCCAGGAAGCACCCAAACCAAAUCUCGACGGGGUUAUGGAUUCAGAUGCUGCCCCCAUCCAAUUUACGGACUGUAUUGGACGCAAAUUCAAUUUGCCGUUUGACCGUUGUGCCACACGGCCCGAUAUGGACGAGCUUAUCAAGCAGGUGUUUAUCUAUCAGGAUCUCCACGGACGCCAGGUUCAUGAAGGAUUCUAUGAUCUGCUAGGCCCUGAUGGCACCAUCAUUCCACCGUCAGCAUGGGACCAGGUGAUUCAACCAGGAUUGCCCAUUACCAUGUCGCUAUGGUCCCUGAGCAGACUGCCACCUAACUUUUUCGGGGCACCGCAAGGUCUUGCACCAGAAGAUGAGAGAGAGACCUCGCCCAUACAAGUGGAAUCCCCCUAUCUAGAUGAGGACAGCGAUGUGGCGAUGCCUUAUGACGGAAAUGACCAAAUUUAUCCUACUGUGACUACAGAAGCACAGUUUUCAGGCUAUAUGGAAAGGCUCGAGCGUGAAAUGCAAGCUGCUGAGUCUAGUAAUCCAGCCAUGGAGGAAUUAAAGCGCGGAGCUUAUCUAUCAGGCCGCCAAUCUGAUCCAUAUCCUACAACUACGCGGGUCCUCCGGAAACAUGUAUCUCUAACGGCACUUUGGGAAAGGGAUAUAGAAUUUGAAAUCCUUUCGGAGGAUGAGGUAGUCAUUAAGCGAAUAGUUCCGGAAUGGGAACUUGAACAGCUACAGGAGCACACAAGUAAGAUCCGACGGGGUCGUCCGCAUGGUUCGAAUCCUUCGAUUGUAGAUCGUCUCAGGCAGACCAAGCAAAAAAUCAGCGAAAUUCGCGAGCUUCUUCCGAAGACAUCGUUGGCUUCUGAGACUGUCAAUCAGUCCACAGAACAGGUCCCGCCACAUGAGAGCCCCCAGCAACCUAUACAAAUGAAUACCUCGCAGAUGAAUCCAGGAGACGUGUCAAAUAAUGAAACCAACGAAUUUCAACAGAUGGACCUUGACAUGGGUGAUGGAAUACCACCGAAGGGGGAACAGGCUGCCAAUACGUCAAAUGCUGGUGCACGGGAACAGGAGAUGCGCGAAGCUGGUUCCUCACCCCAAACUUCCCAGACUUCGGCCCCGUCGGACUCUCUGGAGCUUGAUCAUGCCAUGAUUCAGCAGAUAAUCCCUCAAUUGCCCCUCGACAUCAAGACCUGGCAAGAUCUAAGCAUUUGGCGUAGCCAUAAUCCGAUAUCACCAGAUACUCACAUGCAGCUCAUGUUGCUUGAACAGCAACAGCGUAAAGCCGGUUUGAUGCGUCGCGAACUAGAAGAACUUGACGAGAUCGAGCAGCUAGAGCAGAAAGCUAGAAGCAGAGUUCAUCCACGCGAUGACUCGCAGGAAAGAAAACGCCCUCGGAUAGAGGAAUUGGACCGUAGCGAUUUAGACCUAGCAUCGGACUCACUUGAGCGCACCUCCCCGAUGGGCGAAGCUGGUUCCUCAUCCCAAAAUCCCGAGCAGGAGCGUCUCGCGCCUACUAAGCCUGUCAGAAAAGAGAAAAUAAAAACGCGGGGGCGCGGGAAGCUGAAGAGACUUAGCCCAGCUAGCAACGAGUCUACCAUCAGCUCCUCUCCAUGGCCCCAGCCCUUACCAGCCCAGUUCUCCAGAUCAUUCGAAGCUCUCGAUAGCCUUCACCAUCAGUUCCUUGGGAAAUGGCGACCAUUAUGCGAAGAAUUCUUGGCGGCACCGCCAACAGACCCGGACAAGCGAGAAGAGGAGCACCGCAGACUGUCGGAAUCCAUUAUGGCGCAAAUUAUUAUAAAGCUAGAUGCUGUUGAUACUGGGGGCCACGAAGAGAUUCGCAACAAGAGAAGAGCCAUUGUACAAGAGGUUGAGGAUACACUACGACAACUGGCUUUCGCAAAUAAAUUGGGCUAUAGAAAUUUGGACCCAGCAUUGGGGUCGCUUGAGAACUACUCGCCGCUGCCCUCCGCAGGCGCUUCCUUUGGAAGUCCUAGCAACCCUCCGCAGCCAUACAUUGACCCCUCUGAGACAGAGGAGCCGAUUAGCUCCUCAGAGACAGCUGCAGUCUUCGCAUGCUCAGAGCCAGGCUGUACUCAGUCCUUUGAUCAGCCACACAAGCUAGAGUGAGUCUUUGUCAGUCUCAAAUUCAUUUGCUACCAAUUUAACAAAUCUUCAGGCAUCACCAGCGAUAUCAUACCAAAGAACAUCAUUGCACACUUCCUGGUUGUAAUAAGGUGUUUGGCACAGCUCGUGAUCUCCAACGUCACGUCAACGAGCGCCAUUCGAUGGCGACACAAGAGUUUCACUGCUCCGAGCCAGGAUGUGAGCAGGUGUUUUAUCGUAGGGUUGACUGGAAGCGGCAUAUGAGCAAGCAUCCAUAAACUUGAAUAACACCAACCUCCUGAGCUCGUGGAAAUCGACAUGUCUGUUGAUAUUUGAGAAUAUUUGGGGUGAAUAUAGUUGUAUUAAUUGGUAUUGUUCGAUUUUUGUACUACAGUGGGUAAACAAAAGUUACAAGUAGUCUAUAUUUCAACAAACGCAUUCCACAUAUAUAUUUACACAAACUUCAUAUGUAACAAUCAUCUAAAAACUCGAUACAUACAACGUAUUUAUACCAUACAUAAUAUUCAACAAAGAUUGAAAAAAUGGGAAUUUUAUAAUAUCCACUGUAUUAGCAUGCAGCGGCGGAACCCGG